UUGAUUUUCUGCUGUUGCCAGGCAGCAUGAAGCCGAACUCUUCUAUUGGAGAAAGAAGAGUCACGUGCAACUAACCCGGAAGUCGUAUGUGCUGUCACAUGUAUCUAUGCAGUAACCCGGUUCCCUUGAGAAGGACGGGCACUCUAGAGCAGGGAUAUGCGUCCUGCCCUCAUCCCGGGGAAAUGGUUGUCCCGAACGCUGGAACUUGCCACCGGCCUGGGGAGGAGGAGGUGCAGUGUUAGGGCGUCAGGGAGAGAGGUGCGUGUCAGAUUUGCACCCAGCCCCACUGGGUUUCUGCACCUCGGGGGCUUGCGCACAGCUCUCUAUAACUACUUGUUUGCCAAGAAACAUGGAGGGGCUUUUAUCCUGCGACUUGAAGACACAGACAGGAGCCGGUUGGUCCCUGGGGCAGCUGAGAGCAUUGAGGACAUGCUGGAAUGGGCAGGUAUCCCACCAGAUGAGAGUCCAAGGCAUGGCGGGCCCUGUGCUCCUUAUGAGCAGUCAAAGCGCCUUGACCUCUACCAUGCAGUGGCACAGACACUGCUAGACACCGGAGCUGCAUAUCGUUGCUUUUGUACGCCACAACGACUAGAGCUGCUAAAAAGAGAAGCCGUGCGAAACAGACAGACGCCACGAUACGACAACCGCUGCCGACAUUUGACUCCAAAACAAGUGGAGGAGAAGCUGUCCCGAAGCUCCCCGUAUGUUAUCCGAUUUCAUCUGCAAGAGGGUCCCCAGCCUUUUCAGGAUCUUGUCUACGGCUGGACUCAGCAUGAUGUGGCCAGUGUGGAGGGUGACCCAGUGAUUCUAAAAGGAGAUGGUUUCCCCACCUACCAUCUAGCUAAUGUAGUGGACGAUCACCGUAUGGAUGUCAGCCAUGUGCUCAGGGGAGCGGAGUGGCUCAUUUCCACAGCCAAACACCUUCUUUUGUAUCAAGCCCUGGGCUGGCAGCCUCCACAGUUUGCUCAUCUCCCUUUAUUGCUGAACAAGGACGGCACCAAAUUGUCUAAACGGCAAGGGGAUAUCUUUAUCCAGCAUUAUGUACACAGUGGUUACCUGUCUGAUGCCCUUCUGGACCUCAUCACCAACUGUGGUUCAGGAUUCAUUGAAAACCAGAUGGGUCGCACUCUUGACACACUUAUCCAGCAAUAUGAACUGGGCAAAACCAGCACCCACUCGGCUCUGUUGGAUUUGGACAAGCUCCCAGAAUUUAACAGAAUUCACCUCACCAGCUGGAUUGAUGGCACCGAAACUCGAGUUCAGCUGGUUGGACAGCUCCAGGCCCUGCUUAAAGACACAUAUAAAGAUCUAGAGUUGGACAAAAAGCUCAUCGAGCGGAUAUUAUUGCUUAGGAAGGGCCACUUGUGUCGUCUGACGGACCUGCUGUCCCCCGAAUAUUCCUACCUGUGGAUCAGGCCUUCAGUGAUAAGGGAACAGCUGCAGUGUCUCACAAGCGAAGGCAGUAAGAUUAAAGACCUUGUGGUAAGAUUGCUGCAAGAGAAUGCCAGUGACUUAAGCCUGGACACAUUAAACGGAGAACUGAGGAGGCGGCUGAAACAUGUGAAAGACACAAAGUACAGCAGUGCAAUGAAACUGCUCCGCAUGGCUCUGAGUGGACACGAGCACGGACCGAGUGUAGCCGAGAUGCUGAUAUCCCUGGGGCACGAGGAAUCCAUUGUCCGGCUACAGAAUGUUUUCCCUGACUGAAGACCUUUUGCUGUUCCUGUGACAGGGCCCCAAAAUACACUCAUUAUUAAUAAAUUCAUUUUUAUAAAAGACUGUGUUCCUGUAUAUGUCACUGCUUCCAGCUGGUCUGUUUGGACUUUUCUGUCUGAAUCUAUAGGUAAAAACAUUCACACCCAGCAAAAUCUGAUGUAAAUUCUGUCGGUGAGUGCAAGCAGCCACGGCUACACAUGCCACAUUAAAAAUGUAGCCCUUGGGGCAUGGCCGACCAGGCGAACGGGGAAGACUUGCUGCCGUGGUGCUCCCGGGGUUUCAACAUUAAUCUCCCCACAUCCUCACAGUACUGACAACCUUUCACUGUCAGAGGAAACUACAUACCACAGAGACCGUCCGCUGAGGAGAGUGUUAACUCCCGCCUAACAGUGCGUGCAAAGCCGGGGACUCUGGUAGUCUCAAUCCUGGAAGUGCCCGCAACUAGGGUUGCCACGUUAUCCAGAAAAAAAUACCGGCCUUCCUAUAUAUUUAUCAUUGGAAUCAAUUAGCAUUUUUAGCGGCCAGGUGGCAACCCUACCUGCAACGGAACCGCGACCAGAGCCAGACCAGGUUAACUCAACCCGGUUAAGACA